UCUCCUCUUCCUCGUCCUCCUUCUCUUUCUUCUUUCUUCCUUUUAAAUUGUACUCUUUUCACUUUAUUGUACAACGUGAGUAGAUACAUGAUGAAAGACAGAAAAAGAAAUUAAAUGUAAAUGAUACUAGUUAAAAAUCAGUGAUAAAAAACCUUUUCUACCCAGCUUCGUCUGAAACUACUGAAUAUUCAAAUUUCCUCAUGCAUAUUGCAUUGCUUGAUUGAUUGAUUGAUGAAUAUUCAUUAGCCACUUGAGACGAACUGCGGAACACUGCUUGUUUGGCGGUUUUAUCAUUGAAAUAUGGAGACCAACAUAUUCCAGAUGACGACAGGAGAGCGCGACGAGAAAGAGUUCCUACUCCGAGAAGCUGAUGCAAUCCGCAGAUCCCCAAGCAUCUACUGGCUUCCGCUGGGUUUGAAGUACCUCAAGGAAUGCAGAGGAUCCUUUUUUCUGAGUUGCAUCACGCUCAUGUGGGCGUACAACAGUUACUUUGUCCCAGCCCUGGUUCUCAUACCGAUGCACAGGGAACAGCAGAUAGGAGCGUGGGUCAUUUGGGUCUUCAUGUCUCUAUCCCUUGCCACCAUUGUUUGCCUGCUACGAUCCUGCCUUUCUAAUCCGGGCUACAUUCCAUUCCACAACAGACCUACAACGCUCGAUCAGAUGAACUGGAGUCACUGCAAGAAAUGUUUGAUACAGCGCCCUCUCAAGUCGCACCACUGUAGCCGCUGUCAGCGAUGUGUGAGGAGAAUGGACCAUCACUGUCCUUGGAUCAAUAAUUGUGUAGGAGAGGACAACCAGUGGACAUUUGUGCUACUCCUUCUCUAUGGUUUCCUACUGAGUAGCACAGCUCUGCUCAUAAACGUUCUGCACUUUUAUUACUUUAAUCCAUGUUCAACCUGCGACACAGCAUUAUUCAGGUUCCGUUACGAGCGCAGUCUGAUGUAUGGAUGCUUCGUGACGGGCUGCAUGUUGGAAUUCUUUUGCUUCACUCAGCUCUUCACACAGAUCUACAACAUCAGCAGAGAUAAGACUACCGUAGAGUCUCUGAUAUAUGCAGGCAAACCUCCUUAUGAAAGGCCUCCAAACACCAAGAGACCGAUGGAUAGCUUCCGAGACGUAUUUGGGCGUGGCCACAUCCUCCUCUGGUUCAACCCCUUCAGAAGUAGAUUGGGCAGGAACAUCAUUGUAUACUCGGAAGUAGCGUGAGAGAGAGGGAUAGACAGACAGACAGAGAUGGGGACAAACAAACAGACACGCAGACAGACAGACAGAUAAAUAGGCAGAGAAAGCAAUCAGAAUAUCAAAUUCUCUGGCUCCAGCUCUUUGGGUGUAGGCACGGUAGGAUCAUCAUUGUGUACUCAUAAGGGAGAGGGAGACAGAGAGAGAGAGAGAGGAGAGCAGGAAAUACCUCUACCUUGUCUUUCCUGUCUGUUUGGAUACACAUGAACAUCAGGUACAAGGUUAAAGCAGACUUAUAUUUGUCAAGGUUACUGUCUUGAGUGUGUUUGUUAGAUAGAUAGACAAGGUAGUUUUGUUGAUAGUAUGGUGAUAGAAUCCAGGGUUGAAUUGAAUAAGGGUUUGCAAGAUGUGUCAUAGUCAAAUGAUGUGAGCUCUUUACUGGGGUUUAGAAGGUUAUGGGUUCGAGCCUUGGCACGUCAUUAAUGUCCUUUGGAAAGACAUGAAUAUGCAUCUGCCACUCUCGACCCAGGUCUAGUAAGUGGGUAUCGGGUAGUGUUUAUUCCUUGAAACAGUGUACUAUGUUUUCAUAUAUGUAGUCAAAUUAGAGGGUGAUUCUUCUUUAUUUGCAGUGAAAAGACUUAUUGAUGGUUUGAUGGUUAGUUUUACCUGACUGCUAAGAAAGCAUGUGUAUACUUGUAAGUAAACAUCCAGGGAGCCAAUGGCUUCAGUUCUCUCCAAGGGAUUCGAUGAUGAGAUGUAAUGCCUUAGCAAAGGGCCUUAGCAAAGGGCACUAGCGCAUCAACUUGGUUUUUGAACCCACAACCUCCAGGUUAGAAGACCACUGGUCUGUCACUGGGCCAUUGCGCCUCCUCUAUUCAAUCUUCCUAACAAGUGACCAUCUCCAAAAUCAAAAUAUUGUAUGCAUUACUUGUUGCUACUUCAGAAAACCUCAUACAAGUCUUUGAGGUAGUUCAGACUGUGGAGUGCAAAAGAUCUUUUAGCCUGGUGAUACUUGAUACAAAAUCUGGUUGUACUAGCUAAAGUCCUUUAAUGAUGCAAAAUAUAAGUGUCUUUCAUACUUCAUGAUAAAUGGUUGAGAUUCUAAUGAUACCAAUCACAACAUCUAAGCGCAAUUGAAAUCUCAGGUACACCAAUAAGUUAGUGGACUGAAACAUCUUGUAUCCUUACAAGGGUCUCACAAAUUAUGAUGAUACUUUUCAAAGCACUUCAGAGAAACAUAGGACUGUAUUGUUAUAUGUACAAAAAUGGGCUGCCAUUAUUUUUAAUGCUAUUAUAUACCAUAAUGUUUUUAGUAAAAGAAAAUGGUUCCCCAAAAAUAGUUUAACCUCAGAUCAACGAAGCAUUUUAGCUGCAGGCAGUGCCAUGGAAAUAUGGCACGCCACAGUUCACUAUUAGUACAGGUAUUUCACGCUCAUUUUCUGUGUAUUUUAUCUAAUCUACUCUCCAUAUUAGCUAGACCUUUUAUUUUUAAUUCUUGAAGCUUCUUUGAAUAAAAAAAGGAGAAAUCAGAGAGGGGGAAACAUGGUGAAGAAUCUCAAUUGUCAACUUAGAUAUUUGAGUACAAUGCUUUGGUUAUCAUUUAUUGCGAUGUUGCAAUCAACCAACGGAACGGGAGAAAGAUGGGAGAUAGAUGGAAUGGUUUUCCCCUCGUCUUUGCAGGAAAUAGUAGGAAAUUGCAAUAUUAUCAUUAUUGUUUAUGGAAACAUUUAUUAUGUGCUCAAAACUCGAUUAGGGUUACUAGUCCUGACAUGUUUUCUAUGGUUGUUCAUAAACAUUCCAGGAAAGAAAAAUUUGAGGAAUAUAAAUUUAUGUCUAGUCCUUUUAGGGGGAAGUCCACCCUGAUAUUAAUUUGGUUUUAAUAGAAACUGAAAAUGAGAGAAAAGGGUCAGUGAAAUUUUUAGAA